AUGCUGGGGAUUGAACCCAGGACCUCAUACAUGCUGAGCAUGCGCUCUACCACUGAGCUACAUCCCCUCAAGUUAGACCUGAGCUACAACCAUCCAGGAGCCUCAGCAGAGGUCCUGACCGCUGUACGGGACCACCCCCACUACCCCCUGCACACACUCAGGCUGGACCCGGCUGGAGAGAGGUGGAUGGUCACAGGUCCAAGGAAGUACUUCUGUGACGUCUCUCUGGAUCCAAACACGGCCAAUAACACUCUGCAGCUGAGUGAGGACAGAAGGACAGUGACCAGAGUGGAGGCGCUGCAGCUGUACCCCUCUCACCAGGACCGCUUCAGCUCCUGCCCACAGCUGCUGAGCUCCACCGCCCUCACAGGACGCUCUUACUUUGAGGUGGAGUGUAGAGGAGGUGUAGCUAUAGCACUGAGUCACAGAGGAAUCGGACGCAGAGGAGACCUGGACCAGUGUCGCUUUGGGGACAAUGAUCAGUCCUGGAGUCUGAGGAUGGAAGGAGGCGGGAGGUCUUUUUAUCAUUGUAAAAGGAAAACAGAAUUGUACUACUCCGCACAAAGAGUAGGUGUUUUCCUGGACUCUGAGGCUGGAGUUCUGUCUUUCUCGGAGGUUUAUGAUGAUGUUAAAUCCUGGUUCCCCCUCCACUCCGUCAGCGUCUCCGUCUCAGAGCCGCUGUUUGUUGGGUUCAGUCUGGAGCGUCCUGGGUCCUCUGUGUCUCUGCUGAACUUUGACGAUGAAGAUGACUUUGACGAUGAAGAUGAUUGA